GUUCCCGUGUGUCUGUGACUGUCACACGAAGCGCAUGGUGUAGGUAUUUUAUCGAUAUACGCGCGUGCUGGGCAACAUUCCUCCACAGAAGGGACACGAUCUGAACUCGUGGAACAUAACACAGACAUGAGAUCUGAGAAGUCAGCGUCGGCGAGGGACUCUCGCAGGAUCAACAAACCGAUGAUGGAAAAACGGAGACGGGCCAGAAUAAACGCCAGUUUGUCGGAGCUGAAAUCUUUACUGUUAGAUGCUAUUAACAAAGAGGGUGGGCGUCACAACAAGAUGGAGAAGGCGGACAUUCUGGAGAUGACAGUCAAACACCUGAGAGAGAUCCAGAGACACUCGCUUACAGAUACAGCGGCGGAAGACCCAAGUAGCAAUAGUUUAACCAAACACCGCCAUGGUUACAAUGAGUGCAAACAGGAAGUCAGCAGGUACCUUGAUACUGUCGCCGGAUGUGACGCAGAACUCAAAACGCGCGUUUUAGACCACCUAACAUCUAAGACAAUGACGUCACUUCCGGAUGAAUCAAAUAGGGAGAUUGCAUCGCCGGCUGUAUCCAGUAACCAGAUCCUGCCUUCGACGGAAUUACCAAAGAAUGACGUUGCCACGGAUAUCAACAACAACGUAGCGAGCGUGACGUCACUGGCACCGGAAACGGCGCAAGUAUUUAGUGCGAUGCAAGUUAUACCGACAAAACUCUCUUCUGGGGAAGUAGCUUUUGUUGUGCCUGCGAACAUUGUAAACAGCACUCAGGUGUCGAACUAUGCUGUGCCUGCCAGUUUUCAGAACACACCAUCUUUGUCUAAUCACAUUUUGUCAGGAACGCCUGUGACGUCUGUAGCGACAACUCAAAUUCUAACGCUUCCCACGCCCUCAACAGUCUACCCGAUGACACAGGUCUCAGGGAACAUCGCCAUCAUCCCAUGUUCGGGCAUUGCUGAGACAUGUUUUGUCUCAGCACCUGCACAACUUUCUAAUUUACCAAUGAAGCACGUGCAACACGAGCCACACGUGCAAGUUCGUGAGCAAAACCUAAAUGACAUCCAUGGCAGCCAUUUUGAAAGUAGAGAUAAUUUAGAAUGUGGGAAAGGUUCAAUCUGGAGGCCGUGGUCGCACAUUUAAGAGGUUUCACCAUUUGCGGGCUUCGGUGUGAUAUUCAUUGUUACGUUCCUUAACUGUGCCAGGAUCCGCUUAUAUAUGGUUCUAAACUCCAAUACUGAUCCUGGACUUAUCGGCACUCGCAGCAGUUAAAGUGCAAGGAUAAACUACUGCGGGCCAGAUCUGAGGAACAACGACAUCUCGAAAGACUGUGAUACAGCGAAAUUGUUGAUUCAUAGAAAACAUUUAUGUAAUAUAUUCAUAUUUUUGUAUAACUUCAUCGGUUACAAAUAUACCACAGUGCUAUGCAUUUUA